AUGUAUUACACGCUAGAUCAUAUGCAGGAUUUUGACCUCACCGAAAUGGUGAACAGCACAACAGUUGUGAAAUAUCCCUACGGCUACAUCCCCCAUCGCGGAAUCAACCUUACACUUCUCGCCGUCUAUGCUAUUCUGAGCAUUGUAUCUAUCACUAGCAUACUGCAAUGUUUCAGCUCCAAACAUGGAAAAUGGAUGAUACGGACUGCCCUCGUCUCCGCCGCUGUAUUCGCAGAGUUGGUAGCCUACGUCGAGCGAACAAGAAGCGUGGAUCGACCACGGAAUUUCAACGAUUUCCUUAUUCAACUCACGUUGUUGAACGUGGCCCCGGCGUUUUUAACUGCUGCAAUCUCAACGUCGAUGUACCAACCUGUCAAAGCGAUCGGCCCGUGGAAUCUCAGGAAAAGGCCUAAGAUCUGUCUGUUAUUUGUCUUACUUGACCUAUCGGCAAUGGCAUUCAUCGUCUUUGGAAGCCUUACUGCAUUCGAUCGCGGGCCAAAUGGAACGGGGGACCAGCAGCAUGACAUCGCCAACAUGCACGAAGCCACCAGUCUCUUCCUACAAUUCAUAGUCGCCACAAUGGUGUUCCAGAUCACCUCUAUUUGUGUAUUCUUCGCACUCUUGAUGUCCGUCGCCCACAAAGCGGUGCGACCGAUGCCAAAAGACUUUGUGUUUGUCAUGGUAGCAGCCGGACUUCUAGUGCUGAUGCGGGCAAUUGUUCGGCUGACCGAGGGCGGGCUAUACACCAACGAGUGGAUCUUUGUUGGCUUCGAUUCGCUGCUUAUGAUAUGCGCUUGUUCAGCGUUGAUGGCAGGACAUCCAAUUUUGACCUGGAACGAUAGCCUGGAUAUUGAGCUCUGA